AUGAGCGGCGCGAACGCAACGGGGAAGAAGAAGGUCCUCGACUCGCGCAUCCCGGCGCUGAUUGCAAAUGGCCUAAUCACGAACCACCGCUCGUUCUUCCUGAUGGUCGGCGACCGCUCGAAACUCCAACAACAAGUAGUCAACCUGCACUUUUUGUUGAGUCAGUCGGUCGCGGGGUUGGCCAAUCCGACGGAUGCGCAGAAGAAGAACCCGCGCCCGAACGUCCUAUGGUGUUACAGGAAAGACUUGGGCUUCAGUACGCAUCGAAAACAACGCGAAUCAAAGGUCAAACGCGAAGUCAAGAAGGGCAAGAGGGAGUUGGGCGAGCUCGAUCCGUUCGAGCUGUUUGUGAGCGUCACGGACGUGCGGUAUACGUACUACAAAGACACGCACAAGAUCCUCGGUCAGACCUUCAACAUGCUCGUCUUGCAAGACUUCGAGGCCGUCACGCCCAACUUGCUCGCGAGGACGAUCGAGACGGUCGAGGGAGGAGGGAUCGUCGUCUGCCUUUUGCAGGGGAUGUCGAGUCUGAGGGAGUUGUACAGCAUGACAAUGGACGUCCACUCGCGGUACCGCUCCUCCAUGUCGGACGCCUCGCCCGUCGCGCGCUUCAACGAGCGCUUCCUCCUCUCUCUCGGCAACAACUCCUCCUGCCUCGUCGUCGACGACGAGCUCAACGUCCUCCCCAUCUCGGCGGGCAAGGACAUCGUCCCCCUCGACCCGGACUUGGGCGUCGGAGUCGCGCGCUCGUCGAGCAAGGGCAAGCGGAGGGAACAGGAGGGCGAGGCCGAGUUGCGCGCGUUGAAGGAGAGUAUGGCCGACACGAAGGGGAUCGGGGAUGUCCUUGCCGAGGCACGGACGCUCGACCAGGCCAAGGCGAUCCUCACGUUCACCGACGCCAUCACCUCCAAGUCGCUCUCGCAGACCGUCUCGCUCACUGCCGCGCGUGGACGGGGAAAGUCCGCCGCGCUCGGAUUGUCGAUCGCGCUUGCGAUCCUCCACGGGUACUCGAACGUGUUCGUGACGAGUCCGAGCCCGGAGAACCUCAAGACCUUGUUCGAGUUCAUCUUCAAGGGAUUCGACAAGCUCGGGUGGGAGGAACACCUCGACUACGAUAUCGUCCAGAGCACCAACCCCGAAUGGAAAGGCGCCGUCGUCCGCGUCAACAUCUUCCGCCAGCACCGUCAGACGAUCCAGUACAUCCAGCCGCAGGACUUCCAUGUCCUCGGCCAGGCAGAACUCGUCGUUAUCGAUGAGGCGGCCGCCAUCCCUCUGCCGCUCGUUCGCUCCCUCCUCGGCCCGUACCUCGUCUUCAUGGCGUCGACCAUCAACGGCUACGAGGGCACCGGCCGCUCGCUCUCCCUCAAGCUCCUCCAGCAGCUGCGAGAGAUGUCGCGACCCGCCUCGGCGCUCUCGGCACCCGCGGCGAACGGCGACGGCGCAGGAGCGAAGGGCAGCAGCAGCUCGUCGUCGACUCUCUCGGUCGCCCGCACGCUCAAGGAGAUCAAGCUGUCGACGCCGAUCCGUUACGCGCCGGGCGACGACAUCGAGAAGUGGCUCAACCAGCUCCUCUGCCUCGACGCGACGAUCGCGACGCCGAGCAAGAAGACCCUCCAGGGGUGCCCGCACCCGUCGACGUGCGAGCUCUUCUACGUCAACCGCGACACGCUCUUCUCGUACCACCCCGCAUCCGAAGUCUUCCUCCAGCGCAUGAUGAGCCUAUACGUCGCGUCUCACUACAAGAACUCGCCAAACGACCUCCAGCUCAUGUCGGACGCGCCGGGACACCACCUCUUUGUCCUCCUCCCCCCGCUCAAGGAAGGCGACAACUCGCUUCCGGAACCGCUCGUCGUCGUGCAGGUCGCGCUGGAGGGCAACAUCUCGAAGCAGAGCGUCCUCGACAACCUCUCGCGCGGCAAGAUGGCUGGAGGAGACUUGAUCCCCUGGACGAUCACGCAGCAAUUCCAGGACGACGACUUUGCGAGCUUGUCGGGCGCGCGGGUCGUCCGGAUUGCUGUUCACCCGGAUUACGCAAAGAUGGGAUACGGGUCGAGGACGCUCCAGGCGCUCAACUCGUUCUACAGCGGCGAGUUGCUCAACCUCGACGAGGUCCAGGCCGAGCUCGAGGUCGAGACGUUCGAGGACGUCGCCAAGGUCGAGAAGAACGCCUCGCUCCAGACCGACCGCAUCGGCAUCCGCGACGCUUCCAAGAUGCCGCCCCUCCUCCAGCGCCUCUCGGAGCGCCAGCCCGAGAACCUCGACUACCUCGGCACUUCGUACGGCAUCACCCCCUCGCUCUUCAAGUUCUGGAAACGCGCGGGCUUCGUCCCGCUAUACAUGCGCCAGACCCAGAACGAGUUGACGGGCGAGCACUCGUGCAUCAUGAUUCGCGGGCUCAACAAGAACACGGAUGAGGCGAGCAGGUGGUUGGGCGCGUUCGCGAACGACUUCCGCAAGCGCUUCAUCACGCUCCUCUCGUUCAAGUUCCGCGAGUUUGGCUCGAUCACGGCGCUCAGCAUCCUCGAGGGCGCGAGUGCGCUCGACACGGCCGACUCGCGACGAACCCUCGUCUCGACCGACGUUCGCGACUCGUUCUCGCCCUUCGACCUCAAGCGCCUCGAGUCCUACGGCAACAACAUGCUCGACUACCACGUCAUCCUCGACCUCCUCCCCGGCCUCGCGUCGCUCUACUUCGCCCGUCGCUUCCCGGAAGACGUCAAGCUCUCGGGCGUGCAGAGCUCGAUCUUGUGCGCGCUCGGCCUGCAGCGCAAGAGCGUCGAGGACAUCGAGUCGGAGCUCCAGCUGCCGGUUGCGCAGACGCUCGCGCUCUUCGUCAAGGUUAUCCGCAAGCUCACCAAGUCGCUCCAGGAGAUCUUGAAGGCGGACGUGGCGCGCACGCUUCCUACAGAGGACGCCGCCGCAGCUGCCGCCGCCCGCAUCCUCCCCGCCGCGAACGGCUCGAGCGGCGAGGUCUCUGGCGUCGCGACCCAGCUGUCGAACAAGGAUGCGAUUGCGAAGGAGCUCGAGGAGGAGGGCAACGAGGUGCUUAAGCAGCUCAAGGAGCAGCAGCGCGAGGUCAUCGACUCGCUCGACCUGAAGCAGUACGCUAUUGGCGGCUCAAAGGACGAGUGGGCGGCGGCCGAGGCGCAAGUUGCGGCCAAGGUCCUCGGCAGCAAGCAGAGUCUCUCGUCGACCGUCUCGAUCAAGAACCCGAACUCGACCAAGGCGCUCAAGCGCAAGGGACCCGAGCAGGAGGAGGGCAAGAGCGGUGCAGGCGGCAAGGCGAAGAAGGACAAGAAGCGGAGGAAGCAGUGA